AUUCCUCGUUGAGUCUUUCCGACAAUCGGAACGAGAACAACUUCACGGAGAUAGCAUUGGCUUGGACAAGCAGAAACGUGGCAUUUGUUGUUAUUUUUUUUAUUUUAUUUUUCAAAUUAUCUUAACGAGGAAUCAAAGACGAAAAAGAAAAAAAAAACAAAGUCAUUUUAAAUAAUUGACAACAGUGUAGAAACGAAAAAGAGAAAGACAAACAGAGAAGUUGAUUUUUCUUCUUUUUUAUUGAUGGAUAGAGAGACGAGGAGACAUAUUUAUUAUAUAUGUUAAAUAUAUCUAUAAAUAUAUUGUAGAUAUUGUGGAUAUAAUUGUAGCGAGUUAUUUAUACAACGCGCAUUCACCCGGGAGUGUGUCAGCGCGAUUUUUGAUUGAUUUUAAUUGUAUGUGGUUGGCUCACAUCAAUUGCUCAAUCCUCUGGGAAGAUAUUGCCUGGUGUCCAAGUGAGGGAGAAUAAUUUUCAUUCAUAGAAGGGGAUAUCACUGAUAAUAAUUAUUGGAGAUUGGUUCCCUCAUCACGGAAUAUGUCGCACAAAAUGUCGAGCGAUGCAACGCCGAUUCACGGGGGUGAUUUCAAGCGCACCCCCAUGCGUCCAAUGAUCGCCGAAUACGACCCUAAGAAGCACGGCGUGAAAACCGAACUCUCAGACAUGGUUCUUGUCAAGCAUACUGACAACCAUAAGGAUUAUAACUCAAUGGGAGAAACCUCUUUCAACACUGAUACAUAUAGAGGAUAUUCCAAUGACAGUUCGGUUCCAAUUCGCAAUACAAUUUCCUCUCGGAACAUUACGCACGAAACAUACAAGUGCGAGAAAAAUGAAGUACCAAUAACCGUUCAGAAUGGCUCAACCCUGCCACUGGUGGAGCGGCCAAAUGACGAGGAAGCAGCCCUUUACGAUCCAUUUGAGCACAGGAAGUUGGCCCAUCCAACGUCUGAUCUUGACACCCUCAUCCAUCUGCUCAAGGGUAGCUUGGGCUCUGGUAUUCUUGCCAUGCCACUGGCAUUCAAAAAUGCUGGAUUAUUCUUCGGUCUAUUUGCCACAUUUUUCAUCGGCGCUGUCUGCACUUACUGUGUACACAUACUUGUUAAGUGUGCUCAUGCAUUGUGCAGACGUACGCAAACACCGAGUUUGGGAUUUGCUGAUGUUGCUGAAGCGGCUUUUCUCGUUGGGCCUGAACCGGUCCAAAAGUACGCCAGACUUGCAAAGGCGACAAUAAAUUCGUUCCUAGUGAUCGAUCUUCUCGGUUGUUGCUGUGUCUACAUAGUGUUCGUAGCCAACAAUCUUCAUGAUGUGGUCAAUCACUACACCCAUCAGGACUGGGAUGUGAGAAUAUACAUGGCAAUGCUUUUGCCACCACUGUUACUCUUGUGCUUGGUGAGAAAUUUAAAGUGGCUAGCACCAUUUUCAAUGCUGGCUAAUGCCCUCAUAGCCGUUGGUAUGGGCAUCACUUUCUACUACAUCUUCAGGGAUACCUCGCAGUUCAAGACUGUACCGGCUUUCUCGAGUUUCUCACAACUGCCAUUGUUCUUCGGCACUGCGAUCUUCGCUUUGGAGGGAAUCGGUGUUGUCAUGCCCCUCGAGAACAACAUGAAGACUCCAACUCACUUCAUCGGUUGUCCCGGCGUCCUCAACAUUGGAAUGUUAUGCGUUGUCACUCUCUACAGUACAGUCGGUUUCUUCGGUUAUCUUCGAUAUGGAGAGGGCACCCACGCCUCCAUCACCCUGGAUCUUCCCGUCGACGAGAAGCUCGGUCAAUCUGUCAAGGUAAUGAUUGCCAUUGCCAUAUUCUUCACCUAUGGACUUCAAUUCUACGUUCCCAUGGAAAUCAUCUGGAAGAAUCUCAAGUGCCAUUUUGGUGCUCGUAAACUAUACGUUGAGUACAUUGUCAGGGUUUUCCUUGUGAUCUGCACCGUUGGCAUUGCUAUUGCUGUUCCCAAUCUCGGUCCCUUCAUCUCCCUCGUCGGGGCUGUCUGCCUGUCAACCCUUGGCCUCAUGUUCCCCUCCAUAAUAGAACUGGUAACUGUCUGGGAGCAAGAGGAUGGCCUUGGUCGCUACAACUGGAGACUGUGGAAGAAUAUUCUCAUCAUCCUCUUCGGUGUACUCGGCUUUGUCACGGGUACAUACACGAGUAUUCACGAAAUAACACAGGACACCAGCAAUUGAGACGCUCGACGUGAUGUCUGCGUCUCAAUAAAUAGAUCGCAUAUUUCGCGUUAAAUGCGUGGCACGCCGCAAACAACAUACAACAAUAAGUAAUACACAAACAAUAACUCUCAUUGAUGCCACGAAUACGGCAAUUCGGGGCUUGCACAUGCGCCAUUUAUGGGUAACUAACGUCAACUACGGCUCUCGGAUUUAUUUAUUUUAUACAUCAAUCAAAUGAACGAGCGUAGAGUAAAUUGUGUCGCCAUAUUUAGGUACUAGAUGACAAACCGGAGGGGUUAUUCUACUUAAGUUUUAGUUCUGUUGACGACACGAGAGCCGGAGCUCCUUGACUAAUGGUGGAACUGUAGGCUGCUGCUGAGUUCGACUGAGCUUCCUUGUGCAAGAAAAAAAACAUUUUUUUUUCAGAGCGAGAGUUUACCUCUCCUGUUAGGAGCUGCUGUCGAAUCGGCGCCAUUUUGUGACUCUCGACUCGGUAAUGGCGGCUGAGAUGAUGGGAUUCUGUGAAUAUUCUGUAUAUCUCGGUUGACGCCAAAACGAGGGAUCGGAGAGUUAACGCGAUUCAGUGAUCAAUUAACAUGAUUUUUGACGUCUGUGAAUAGCCGGUCUGGCCAGAAUCUCGGGACUGUGCCUCUAGGUUAGAAUUUUAUCGUAUGAGAUGUUUUCUUUUUGUAACUGUAUUCUUCCGUAAAUUAGUUUCGCCGUCUAGAACCGCCAGUAUUUUCUUCGCUUAUGCGGGGGAUAGACUAAUAUGAGAGAUACAAAAUUUCAAUGAAAUGAGAGAAUAGUGAUAGAUAAUAGCAGUAUGACAUUUUUUUUUUUUCAA